ACUCGUCCCCUUUAAACACCUCCCUUCACCCUCUCUCACGUGGUGCAGGACAAGGGCAAAGAUUCCGUGAUGCGCCACUGCAGUUUCUCUUGUGGUGUAGAGAAGUCGCGUGCAGCAUAGAACAAUGCCUAAGUCAAAGGAAAUUGUGUCUUCAAGCUCGACUGCCAGUGAUUCAGAUAGUGAAGUUGACAAAAAGGCAAAGCGGAAAAAGCAAGUAACUCCAGAAAAGCCUGUAAAGAAACAAAAGACUGGUGAAAGUUCAAAAGGUGCAGCUUCUUCUAAGCAAAGCAGUAACAGAGAUGAGAAUAUGUUUCAGAUUGGAAAAAUGAGAUAUGUCAGUGUUCGUGACUUUAAAGGGAAAGUCUUAAUUGAUAUUAGAGAAUAUUGGAUGGAUCACGAAGGUGAAAUGAAACCUGGCAGAAAAGGUAUUUCUUUAAAUCCAGAACAGUGGAACCAGCUGAAGGAACAGAUUUCUGAUAUUGAUGAUGCAGUAAGAAAACUGUAAACACAGAGCCAUACAGAAUCUUUAUCAUUUUAGUUGUUUUAAGUGAUCUUUUUACAUUUGUUUUUGUUUUCUAAAAUAGUGUUUUUCAAGCUAUUGUAUAUUUGGGUUCCAAACCGAUCUGUAAAAGCAAUACUUUUAAAAUGUGCAUUAAAAGUGUAUUCUGAAUGAGGCUAUUUGUGUAUGCUUUACUAAAAGGUGUUGCUUUCACAUUAUGGUAUAAUAUAAACAAAUCAUAUGUAAAGUAUAGGUGUUUAUGACCUUUUGAUUGACGGUGUUUGCUGAUAAGGCCACCCAAUAGCUUUAGUCUUUGUUUUAGUUUCAGUUUAGUUAACUGUUAAUACAAAUUUGUUUUCUGGGGGGAUUUCUUAAAAUGUCUCUAUUUUUUUUCCCUUUUAUUUUAUAUUCUGGUAUUGCCCUGACAGCUUUCUGCUUU